UUUAAAUACAAGUUCCGACUCAAAAACUGAAACACGCUCCUUUUUCUCCGUUUUUUUGUGAUAAGUUAAACCAAACUACUUGAAUAAUAUCUCUUUGGAGGAUUUCCCCAAAAAACUUGCGUUUUAUAAAAUGAAAAUAAGCUUGAUGAUGUUCUGCUUUAAAAUGUAAAGUGAAGUUGUUUUUAACCUGUUCAAUGUUAGCGUAAAAACUUUUAAUAAUCAACGAACGGACGAAGUUCGCGAUUUCAUGAUAAACAAAAGUGAACUUGGUAGAAGAUAGUGAAGAUACGCUGGUGUUACGUAAAUGAAAAAAUUGAUUUCUUAUGGAAUUAAUAUUUUAUACUUUUAAAUCUGAGACUUAACCAAGUGUCAGAAUGGCAGUAAACAAGACUCCAAGCAGCUCGUACAGUUUUUUCAGUGAUUUGACUGCAUCAGGGGGAAGUAGUUAUAUGCUUCCAGUGAGAAUAAAAGUUACCCCAAAUACAUCAGCUAGGCCCUUAUCCGGAAAGAAACAACACAUUACAGAUAAAGAGAUACUUCAACCUAUUCUCAUAAAAGAUCUAUUUAAAAACACACAGAAAGAUGGACGAAACUCGAUACUUUCAUCAGUGUCUACACAAAAAAAGAGUACCCAUUCUCAAAGAUCAAGUCAACCUUAUUUAACAACACAGAGUUGUUAUAAACCUAAAAAGAAUGAAGUUGAAGAACAAAACCUUUGUAAUCUGAAGUCCAGUGGAGGAAAUAAAGUUAGGCGCCAGUUGUAUACAACCUUAGACUCUCCACAAAAGUUUAGCCUCGAAAGCAAGGAAAAUUCAACUAAGAUGAAAAAGCCAAAGAAAACUAUUUCAAAAAAUUUGGUUGAAACUAUAUCGAAAAAGGAUCAAAUGAACGACAAUAGUAGAAAAAGCCUAUUGCUACCACCCAAUACUAUUAAAAAUAAUUACAUUAGAAGGUCAGGGUCUAGCUUUAAAACGGUAGUUGAACAGACUACAAAAACUAGAACAUCCGACGUUAAUAAAACUGCUAAGAAUACUUCACAAAAUACCGAAACAAAGAAGUCUAACUACAAAUUGCAAAAUAAUGAUAAGGAAAUUUCAGCUAAAAGUAAUAAAUCUUCAUUCAAUCCUACAGAUCGUGAAAGUCAGUUUGGGACAAAAGAUAAUUGUUCUGUCACAUCACCAGUUUUCAAUAGGAAAACACGCAAAACUAAGCUUCCUUCUCAUACCGAUGUAAUGGAAAGACCCUCUGUCAUAAUGAGUCCAUCAAAACGGAAAUCAAAACGAUCAAAUAAGGCAGACAUUGGUUUAGAAAAGCAAAAUCCACGUGUUAGCAGAGCGGUGUGUAUUAGCAACAUACCAAAAACUCAAAAUACCAGUAAAACUGAAGUCCUGGAGUUUGAUUACACGAAAAUAAAUAGCUCGGAUCAAAGUAGUUUGAUCCAGCUUAAAAAUUUUCUUGAAAAAUCUUUACACACAUCGGAAAGCCAAGCUUUACAUUUGAAAAGAACGCUUCAAGAUUUAGAAAAUCAAGUUUUGCAGUUAAAUAAAGCAAUAAGUUGUAUUAACACGAUCAUUAGUGAAAAAUCGGAAAUCGAAGUUGCAGUAAAAGUAUCAAAUGAUCAAGUAAAAGAAUGUACUGAAGUUACUGAAAAAUGUAAUCUAUCUUAUACAAUUUUAGACAGUGAUGAAAAUUUACCUAUACCGGUACCUAACAAAAAUCUAGAGACCGAGAAUAACAAAUUGAUAGAAAAAAUUAUUGUCUCUGAAAAUGUAAAUUUAUCGUUUUCAAAAGAGCAACAAGAAAAGACAGAAGAGAAAUCCAAACCUGAAGUUUUGAUGCCAAUAAGAAUACUAGUAAACGACGCAGAUUUACAUCAAGAAUGCAGUGAAGCAUCUUUAGAAACUUUGAAUGAAGUUGCGCGCUUAUCUACAAUUGGUGAAGUAUCUUGCGAAAUGUCCUCUGACGUCAAUGAGUCAAAGAAAUAUGAUGAGAAAGAUCAUUCUGUAAAAGACGACAAGAAUCAUUCUUUUGAAGAUGAAAAUUAUAAAUGUGAGAAUAAAGAAAAUAUUGACGACUCUGCAAAUAAGAUGAUGCACACACCGAGUCAGUUGAAAACGUAUCGGCGAUCAAAGUCACUUAUCGACAGUUGUAACUCGCAAAGAAGACGAUCGGCUAGAAUAGCCGCGAAAAAUAUGUCCCACUCAAUGCUAUCCAAUUCGGAUAGACAAGACAGUUUUACGCUUUUGGAGAACGAAUUAAAUGUUGUUCACAAACCGCCACCCUCGAAAUCAGCACCAGUUUCACCGAUUAAGGUUCCCUUUACACCCUCAUCAAUAAAGCAAUGGGGAAAUCUAAGGGUCCCGCUGAAAGAAUACAUGGCCCUAAAGAUAGAUGGGUCCUUCCUAGUGACGCCUGAUGUCAAGAAAUUUCAAUCGCGCUUAGAACCAACGGAUACUCCGUCCUCCAGAAAGUCGCUGUCACGGAAGAUAUUUAUGGAACUUUGCGAUCUUUAUGCUGAAUCACCUGAGCACAAUUGA